UUCUUUUUGAGACACAUCACUUUUUUUUUUUUUUUUUUUAACAUUUUCGCUUUUUUCGUCCACCUCUCUCUCUCUCCUUCUUGACUUCUGUUCAGACUCUCAAGCGCGCCUGCAAGCCUCAGCACACAGAGAGAGAGAGAGAACUCGAGGAAGAAGAAAAGCAAUUCACAAACCCCUAGAGACUCGUUGUUACUGAUUCCCAUGGAGAAGAAUCUCUCCCACCACCACCACUCUCGUAACCACUCUCUCCCUAAGAAACCUCACAACGGUAACGGCGUUUACACCUCCGUCAAAACGUCAAACACCGUUACAACAACCACAACAUACGACGACGUUUUCGGCGGCCCGCCUCGUUUCGGCCCCCCGACGCUCUCCCCCCGCCUGGAAGACUACUGCGAAAUCUUCUCCGGCUUCAACGGCUCCUCACGCGCCGCCGUCUCCUCGAUUCCAAUCCUCGAUCUCCCCCUCGAUAAAGGCCUCUCCUUUGACGUCCGGAGAGAGAGCUUCGACUACCGCGAAGUCUUCGGAGGCUUCGACGGUCUCGAUUCAGCUCCCUCGUACGAUGAGCUCUUUGUCCAGAGGGACACGGUGGCUGACGGAGAUUCCUCCGACGGUGCUUGGACGCCUGAAGAAGAAGAAGAAGUGGAGGAGGAGAAAAGUCCUUCCUUUUCUAACGGAAGAGAUUCGUUUGAUUCGAUUGAGUUCAACAUCUCUUACCACAAAGCUAAUCAGGUGAACAACGGCACGAGCGUCUCACGUGUAGCGCCUGAUCUUGGUUGUACCGUUGCGGUUGAUGAGAUGGUUGGUGGAAGUGGGAGAGGGAGAGGGAAGGUUGAUAAAGAGACGGGUCCCUCUUCUUCUGUUGCUGCCUUUGAAGACAAGAAUGGUGAUCAGAAGUAUCAUAGUGGAGCUACUACGUCUUGUCUUAGUGAACCUUUUGUGACGGUUUCUGAGAUUGGGUUGAAGACUCAUCCUACUGGGAUACCGCCUCCUUCGAGACCGCCUCCUGUGUUGUUGAAGAGUGAUUUUAGGAGGUCGGGUUCUAAUUCUAGGACUACUGGAUCUGAAGGGUCUAGUUGUUCUCCACCGUUCUUUGAUGUUGAGGUGGAUGCGAGUUCGGCUGCUGUGAGGGAAGCUAUGGUUAAAGCUGAGGCAAAACUUAAAAGUGCUAAAGAGAUGUUUGAAAAGAAGCAAACCUCAAUGAACGGUAGAAUGAGUGAGGAAGGGAAAUCAAGCCAUGCAGCUGGUCUGGACCAUAAGUCUCUCUCUUCUCAAGGGUCUGGAAACUCUGACGGAAAUGAGGAAUGGGAAGAGGCUACACAGUUUGUUGAGCUGGUGAGAACAGAGCAGCCUAGAAAUGCUGAUGAGAACAGUGGUGGAGAAGAUGUUCGUAGUGCAGGGUUCUUCGACCAGAAGCUGACGUGGCCAGCUAAUGCUGACUGGGAGAAGCAACAGAGGAGAGCAAAAGGAGACAGGGAGGAGGAUCAUGAAGCUAAGAAGUUGCCAAAACACCCUGGAGCGAGAAAAGUAGCGUCUAGGCAUAAGAGACGUGAGGACAGGGUUGUAGAAAAAGCUCCUGAGAAGUUGAGAGAUGUUCAGCUGCAAUUUGAGAUAGGCAAUAAUAUAUCUGAUCAUGGUAGUGGGAUAGUGAAACAAAGAAACCUGAUUAGGCCAGAAGAAAGCAAGCACUUAACUGAAAAACUUUCAAAGCAAAAGAUGGCAGACCGGAGAGCAGCUGAAAAGAAUCUGGAUAAUGUGUUUGAUUGGGAACAAAAUGCGAGAAAGCUCAGGGAGGCUCUUGGUCUAUCAGAUAAUGAAAGCACGCUAGAGGUUCCCCUUGGAACCCGCGGCGAAAUGGACGAGAGUGAGGCAAAACUGAAGGAGGCCUUGAGGCGGAUGGAGGAAGAAACUAGCUCUAAAGAGGCUAGUUUAAAGGAAGAAACAGAAGCUUUUGAGAAGGCAGAGAAUGAGAAAAGACUAAAGUCAGCUUUGGAGCAAGAAGAGAAGCUCAAGAAGCUUAAAGAAGAGAAUGAACGGAGAGAGGCAGAGGCUCGGGAAAAGGCAGAGCAAGAAAGGAGAAGGAAAGAACAAGAAGAGUAUGAAUUGCGGCUAAAAGAAGCCUUUGAAAAGGAAGAAGAAAACCGUAGAAUGAGAGAGGCUCGCGAAAAGGCAGCAAAAGAAGAAAGGAGAAUGAAAGAACAAGAAGAGUAUGAAAGGAGACUAAAAGAAGCUUUUGAAAAGGAAGAAAAGAACCGUAUAAUGAGAGAGGCCCGUGAGAAGGCAGAAGCAGAGAAUGAAAGGAAAAUGAAAGAAGCACGUGAAAAGGAAGAAAACGAACGGAGAAGGAUAAAAGAGGCUCAUGAGAAGGCAGAGGUGGAGCGUAGGAUGAAGGAAACUCUUGAACGAGAAGAGAAGGAAAGGCAGAUUAAAGAGUUGCAAGAGAGGAGAGCCAAAGAGGCUCUUGAGCAGGCAGAGAACGAGAGGAAGCUGAAAGAGGCACGUGAGAAAGAGGAGAAUGAGAAGAAGCUGAAAGAAGCUAUUGAGCUAGAAGAGAAAGAGAAAAGGCUGAUAGAAGCUUUUGAGAGGGCGGAGACUGAGAGAAGACUGAAAGAAGAGCUUGAACAAGAAGAUAUGAGGCUGCAAGAGGCCAAGGAAAGAGAAGAAAGAGAAAGAACACAGAGAGAAAAUCAAGACCGCCAGGAAAAGGAGAGAGACGAGAGACAAGAAGACACAUGUGAAAUGGAGAAAACGUGUGAAACCACCAGUGAGGCUUUGGAAGAGGAUGAGAGAGUAGACAACCACGAACCAGUGAACAAGGUCAUAGUGGAAGAAGAAGAAGAAGGACCAAGCUCUGUGUCCGAAGAAGCCUGUCACUGGAAGGUGUUUGAAAAGAAUCUUAAAGACGCAAGCCAAAAAGAAGGAACCAAUGAGCUGGAUACUGAAUCUGAGAAGCUAAACGGAGAAGAAUCAGGUGAGGAGACGUCCCCUUUUGUGACUGAAGGAAACCUCAACCAGAAGAGCAAAACAGUUGAAGAAAGAUCAGAAGACGAGAAACUCGUCAAAAACGCAAGUGUUGGCGGUGCCAAACUAGAAAGACCACUGCCAUCUCAAGUAUUCAUGCAACGGGAGAAAGAAGCAGAGAGGCUAAAGCGAGAGCUAGACACCAAGAUGGAGAAUCUAAGAAAGAUAGAGGAAGAAAGGGAGAGGGAAAGAGAAAGGGAGAAGGACCGAAUGGCUUUUGAUCAGAGAGCCUUAGCUGACGCACGCGAAAGACUGGAGAAAGCAUGCGCCGAGGCCAGAGAAAGGUCUUUCCCUUCAACGGAGGCUAGACUCAGAGCAGAACGUGCAGCGGUGGAGAGAGCCACCGCUGAAGCUCGUGAACGCGCAGCUGAAAAAGCUGCUUUUGAGGCGAGAGAUCGUAUGGAGAGAUCAGUUUCUGACAAGCAGUUAGGCUCCUUUGGUGAGCGAACCGAGAAGCAGUUUCAGAACUCAGCUUCUUUUGGUGCUUCAAGAUAUCAAAACUCUCCUGGUGCUGAUGGUGAAUCACCUCAAAGGUAUACAUCGAGGCUAGAAAGGCAUCGAAGAACAGCUGAUCGUGUGGCUAAAGCUUUAGCAGAGAAGAACAUGCGUGAUCUCGUGGCUCAGAGAGAACAAGCAGAGAGAGUUAGAAUCGCUGAAACCUUAGACGCUGAAGUAAAGAGAUGGUCAAGUGGGAAAGAAGGGAACAUAAGAGCAUUACUCUCAACAUUACAAUACAUCCUUGGUUCUGAAAGCGGUUGGCAACCGUUACCGUUAACAGAAGUCAUAACAUCAGCAGCUGUGAAACGAGCUUACAGGAAAGCAACGCUCUGUGUUCAUCCAGAUAAGUUGCAGCAACGAGGUGCAAACAUUCACCAGAAAUAUAUCUGUGAGAAGGUCUUUGAUCUUCUCAAGGAAGCUUGGAACAGAUUCAACUCAGAAGAAAGGUAGAGAGAGAGUCCUUGGUAUAUGCUCAGAAGGCUUGAUUUUUUUUUUUUCGUUUUUUUCUCUUUAUAUAAAAAUUUGUAAAGUCUUGCUUCUUGACAAAACAAUUAUUCAUUUUAAUCUGACCAGCUUUGAAGAAUGAAAACGUGUUAUGAUUCGUUUA